UCCUUCAGUGAGAAUGCGAAACACGAACAGGUGAAUGACGCAAAACAGUAGGUCAAUGCAACUGUCCACCAUCAUCACAAAACGCCAGUUAUAAGUACACAUCCCAUACUUACACUGUAUCUGUAAAAUAUAUGUGUUAUUGUACCACGAAGUACAGCUGUUCAGAAAGGAGAUUCAACAUGACGUAAGGGCCUGUGAACCUUCACCUGACCUGCUAUAGUCGGACUCCUCUCUUUAGACGCUAAAGAAGCACUCUUCAAACUCCAGGACCAUGUCAACAGGUAAUUACACUCCAGCCCCAGGGGGCCCUUUUUCGGCCCUCACACCCAGCAUGUGGCCCCAGGACAUCCUGGCCAAGUACUGUCAGAAAGACCCCAGUAUGGGAGCAGAACUGCAGUAUGAUGAAUUUGGGUUCCGGAUCGAUAGUGAAGAUGGGGUUGAGACAAGAAAAUGGCAGCGCGGUGAGGGAGCCCCUCAGAGAGAGGACCCUCAGCAAAGGCUUCGCUGGCAAGCCCAUCUGGAGUUCACGCACAAUCACACUGUAGGAGACCUGACGUGGGACAAGAUCUCCCCCACACUGGCUCGCUCUGACCGCCUUCGGACCCUGGUGCUGGGGGGCGUACCACACAGCAUGAGACCACAGUUGUGGAUGCGUUUGUCAGGGGCCCUGCAGAAAAAGAGAACAUCAGAAAUUUCCUACAAGGAAAUAGUCAAAAACAGCUCUAAUGAUGACACCACAGCAGCCAAACAGAUAGAAAAGGAUCUUUUGCGGACCAUGCCCACUAAUGCGUGCUUCAGCACCAUGUCGAGUGUGGGGGUGCCCAAACUCAGGAGGGUCCUCAGAGGGCUGGCGUGGCUGUAUCCAGACAUCGGCUACUGUCAGGGCACAGGCAUGGUGGUGUCCUGUCUGCUGCUGUUUCUGGAGGAGGAGGAUGCUCUGUGGAUGAUGUGUGCUCUGAUAGAGGACCUGCUGCCUCCCUCAUACUUCUCCUCCACGCUGUUGGGAGUUCAGACUGACCAGCGUGUGCUCAGACAGCUCAUAGUGCAGUAUCUGCCUAGUCUAGACCAGCUGCUGCAGGAGCAUGACAUUGAGCUUUCUUUAAUCACGCUGCACUGGUUCCUCACUGCCUUUGCCAGUGUGGUGGACAUCCGCAUCCUGCUGCGAAUCUGGGACCUGCUCUUCUACGAGAGCUCAGUGGUGCUCUUCCAGGUUACGUUGGGCAUGCUGAAGAUCAAGGAGGAAGAACUGGUAUCAUCUGAGAACUCAGCAUCCAUCUUCAACACACUCUCAGAUCUGCCCAGUCAACUAGAGGAUGGAGCGGCAGUGCUGGGCGAGGCUGUGCGUCUGGCAGGAUCUCUGUCUCAGGAAAACCUGGAUGCACACAGACACAAGCAUCUUGCCUACAUCCUGGCAGAGCAGGCCCAGCUCAACUCCGGCAACUCCCAUUCCCUCCACACCAACCUCAACAAGGUGGUCCGCAGACAAAGCCUGCGUAGGAAAUCCACUCUGAGCUCGCUUCUCUGGGGGGAGGACGAGGUGGAGGCGCUAAAGGCCAAAAACAUUAAACAGACAGAGCUGGUGGCAGAGCUGAGAGAAGCCAUCAGUCGGACCGCAGAGCACUUUCACUGCCUGGACCCCCGCAACUGCAGCACUGAUUUGACUCCAGACUAUUCUAUGGAGAGCCAUCAAAGGGAUCACGAGAACUUCCUGGUUGUGUCUCGGAAUCGUCGGAGACGAGCUAAAGCCUUGCUGGAUUUUGAACGGCAUGACGAUGAUGAACUGGGUUUUCGAAAGAAUGACAUCAUCACAAUCAUCUCACAGAAAGAUGAGCACUGCUGGGUUGGAGAGCUGAACGGCCUGAGAGGCUGGUUUCCUGCAAAAUUUGUGGAAGUCUUGGAUGAACGAAGUAAAGAGUACUCUCUGGCUGGAGAUGACACCGUAACUGAGGCAGUGAAUGACUUGGUCAGAGGCACACUGUGUCCUGCUCUCAAGGCCAUCUUUCAGCACGGCCUGAAGAAGCCCUCCAUACUGGGAGGACCCUGUCACCCGUGGCUCUUCAUCGAGGAGGCAGCCAGCAGAGAAGUGGAGAGAGACUUCAACUCGGUCUACUCCAGACUGGUGCUCUGCAAGACCUACAGGUUAGAUGAAGAUGGGAAGGUGCUCACACCUGAAGAGCUUCUUUACAGGGCAGUGCAGUCUGUCAACAUGAGCCACGACGCUGCACAUGUUCAGAUGGACGUCAAGUUCCGCUCGCUCAUCUGUGUGGGCUUAAAUGAGCAGGUGCUGCACCUCUGGCUGGAGGUAUUGUGUUCCAGUAUGAGUGCCGUGGAGAAAUGGUACCAUCCCUGGUCUUUCCUACGUAGUCCUGGCUGGGUUCAGAUAAAGUGUGAACUCAGAGUUCUCUCAAAGUUUGCCUUCAGUCUCUCCCAAGACUGUGAGCUGCCUACCAAAAAAGAGGAGAAGGAGCAGAGGCCUCUGAAGGAGGGAGUUCAGGACAUGUUGGUGAAACAUCACCUCUUCAGCUGGGACAUUGAUGGCUAAACCAUCACACGCUUCCUGUGAGCUGCACACAUAGACCAAAUCACUCUCCAUCUGCAGAAAAACAGGGAUCACACGUGAAAUUCAUGUUCAUUUGUUGUACAGCUUCAUGUCACAUGGCUGAAAUGGUGAGUGUUUGUGUCUUGGCAGAAUAGUUUCACUUUUUGUGACUUGUAAGAGUCUGUCUGUACAGAGGAGUCCUUUGCCAAGACUUCACACAGAAUCAGACUAUGCCUGCAAACACUUCCUCUCCUCCAAAGCUACAUAAAUGUUGCACCAUUUGGGGUACGAUUACAGUGAUCAUGAAUGAAUGUAGGAUUUGCACCCUUUUGUCCAUUUACUCUUAAGUAGUCUUGACUGCCAGUGAUCUUUGGAUAAGAUGUCGGUCCAGCUGUUAUGCUCCUGAAGGAUUGUUUUGAAAAGCUAAUUCAGUGUCUGAAUGGUCACGUUUGUGUAUAUCAGGUAUGUACAAUUAAGAGAUUAAACACUAGAAAUUUCAUAUUCUAAGCAAUGUCAAACGAGCUUCAGAGGAAUUUCCAAUUAUGAUGGUUUCCAAUAGCUGAAUUGGAUCUCUUAAUAAAUGUCCUGUGGUUACCACCUCACAUCCGUAACAUCCAAUUACAUCACAGAGGACUGGAUUUAGCUUUUUUUUUUGAGAUGUGAAAUAGAUGAAGGUCCAGUGCUGCAUUACAGUUUACAUGUAGUCAUAAUGGACCACUCUGAAUUAUAGAUGUCUGUCAGAGUGAUGCAGAAGAGCCUUGUGUGUCUUCCCUGAAAGAGCCUGCAGUGGCACAAUUAGAUGUUACAGUAAAUGAAAGAAAAAGGGUCCAUUUUAUAGUUCUUGUAAUUGGUAGACAUGGUUGUUUUAAACCAAAAACUAGUCUGUAAUGGUUGAGCAUGACCAAACUCGCAGGGCUUUAGAUCAUAUCCACAAUCAUUGAUAAUGUGUACGUAAAUAAUAAAAAAAAAAUUUAAAAGUCUA